AGGUAUUUUCAAAAAAAAAAGCAACACGAUUGGGGACGAAAAUGAAAUCGUUUGUCACUUAUUUAUUCUUGUAUUUUUAUUAUCUUUCGAGUUCUUUUAGAAAGAUUCAAUGGAAUUCUGACAUUGAUAUUUUUCAGAAGAAGUUUAAUGUGAGAUACAAAAUCUCUUUUUAAAGAUAUGGACUUCUGGAGUCGACCUGAUUCUGACUUAUCGGUAUAUGACAAAUGUUUGCCUCAAAUUCUCCAUCCCUCCUUGAAUCAUAUCAUAGAUUAUGAAAUUCCAGAAAUCAGUGGAAUAUCUCCUUGUAUGAAUGUCAAAUCAGAUGGCAAUCAUACAACUACAAUAAAUGUAUACAGAGUGAAUUAUGGUGGUCUCAUAAUAACUCUAAUGUUCUUCACUCUCAUUAUGAUAAUAUUUUUAUAUCUGUGGAAAGGUCAUAAAAUCAGAAUUUUAAAGCCCCCAGCUCCAGUAGUGUAUUAUUUGGCUAAGACUGCCUAUAAACAAGAACAUGCUCAGUUAUGUAUGAUACUGAUUGAAAAAGAAGAUUAUGAUGUAAAUUAUACUAAUUCGGAUUUACAAUUUUCAGUAUUUUUAUGUGCUUGCUUUAGUGGUAAUGCAGAUUUAAUAACAUUCCUGAUCAAAAGAGGUGCAGAUGUACAUAGUGUGUCAAAAUAUGGAGAUUCUGCCCUUUAUUUUGCUGUGUAUGGAUUAAAUACAAAAGUAUCAGAUUUCAGAUACUUAGAUAUCUUAUUAGAUGCUGGUUGUGAUAUUAAUUGUCAAAACAACAAUGGCUUUACACCUCUGCACCUUGCCAGUUCAAGAGGAAAUCUGUGUCUUGUACAGUAUCUUUUAUUAAAGGGUGCUGAUCCAACUAUAUCAACAGCUGAAUCUAUUUUACCAUAUGAAAUAGCUGCAAUGGAAGGUCAUGAAGAAAUUGCAAUGUAUUUGAAAAAGAAGAUGGCAUAAGUAGAAAGAAGAUAAAAAUUAAAC